CACACAACAUAGACCAACCUAUAAAGUCACACACACACACACAACCGGGGUCGGCUGCAUCGCAAGGUAUGACAACUGAGAGCCGGGCAGCAGAACGCCUGAGGACGUGUUGGUCCCGGUGUGUGAUUCCUUUCCGUGCCGAACAGUGCCUACCCAUCUCUUUUCCUUCCUGGCCUGCUUGUUGCGCUAGUGACAGGAUCAUGGCUGCCUUCAAAGGGAUCUGGACGCAGGAGUUUUGGCGUUGCGUCGGGGCGGAGUUCCUGGCCAUGAUGAUCUUCGUGCUCCUCAGCCUGGGUUCCACCAUCAACUGGGCGGUUGAGGAGGAGCAUCCACCCCACCCUGACCUGGUCCUCAUCUCCCUUUGCUUCGGACUCAGUAUCGCCACCCUGGUCCAGUGCUUCGGACACAUCAGCGGUGCUCAUAUUAACCCUGCGGUGACCACUGCCAUGGUGGUGACCCGGAGACUCAGCCUGGCAAAGGCUGUGUUUUACCUGCUGGCCCAGUGUCUGGGGGCCGUGGUGGGGGCGGCUGUGCUCUACGGGGUUACUCCAGGCUCCGUCAGGGGCGAGUUGGGUGUCACAUCAGUAAACACCAGUAUCUCCGUGGGUCACGCUCUGGUGAUAGAAUUCUUCAUCACCUUUGAGCUCGUCUUCACCGUGUUCGCCACCUGUGACUCCAAACGCAGCGACCUGAAGGGCUCGGCUGCCCUGGCCAUCGGCGUCUCUGUCUGCAUUGGACACCUGUUUGCUAUCCCCUUCACUGGUGCCAGUAUGAACCCUGCUCGAUCAUUUGGACCUGCCAUAGUCACCUGGAGCUGGGAGAACCACUGGGUGUACUGGGUAGGCCCAGUGCUGGGCGGUGUGACAGCCGCAACUCUGUAUGAGUACUUGUUCUGUCCCGACCCUGAGCUGAAGAGACGUUAUACUGAGGUCCUUUCCAAGACUGGCUUCACCUCCACCAAAUAUCGAGAGGUCCAGAGCAGCUUAAGGGUAGACCGUGACCAACUGGCCAAAGAACACCCCUUCACCGUGAUGGAUGUGGAGAGAGCUGAACAGAAGGAGAGGGAGACGUCAGGGGAGGUGCUCUCCUCUGUAUGACUAGUGAGGUGCACUGGGAGAGAAGACCAGACCACUGUACAGUCCCUUAACCCAUACCCUCCCCUCAAAGAGACUGACCUCUUAUAGAGACUGAUCUCUGCUGGACUGACAUCUCUAAUGCUGACCGACCUAAAGACUUUCUCUUAUGACUGACUUGACCUCUUAUGGAGACUUGCUAUGCAAACUGACAGUCAAAGACUGUAGACUGAAUAUAGACACAACAAUAGACUUGCCUUCUGUAGAGAUAUAGACAGACUUAACACAUACAGCAUACUUUGUAUGUAGACACUUGCAAUAUAGACACAAACACAGACCAACCCCUAGAUAACAUACAGCAGUGGUCCUCCAUUCUCAGUGUACGUGUUCAAAUCUCCACCCUUUCAACUGGGUGCUCCUCUCUUUCUCUUCUUAUCCUUUAUGGCCUGAAUGGUCGAUAUGAGAUGUUUCUCUAAUAGCUAAAAGAUAUUGAUUUACUAAUUUAUGAGUUUAUAUGUAUGUAACAGUGUUGCUUUCAUCCCUCGCCUCACCCCAACCUGGGCUUGAACCAGGGACUCUCUGAACACAUUGAUGACAGUCACCUUAGAAACAUCACGAUCUACAGUUGAAGUCAGAAGUUUACAUACACUUUGGAUGGAGCCAUUAGAACUCGUUUUUCAACCACU